AUGUCAAACCCUGAAUUGCAAGAGACACCUAAAUCUUUGAAUAAUGUCAAACAUAUAGUACUAAUACUAUCAGGUAAAGGAGGUGUUGGAAAAUCUUCAGUUACAACCCAAACGGCAUUGACUUUAGUAAAUAAAGGUUUUAAAGUUGGAGUAUUGGAUAUUGAUCUAACUGGUCCUUCAUUACCAAGAAUGUUUGGAGUUGAACAUCAAAAAGUUCAUCAAUCAUCUAGAGGCUGGGUUCCUGUACAAGUUUAUAAUACUGCAAAUGGUGGAUCAUUGAAAUUGAUGUCUUUGGGGUUUUUAAUUGGUGAUAGAGGAAAUUCAAUAGUUUGGAGAGGUCCAAAAAAGACAGCAAUGAUUAAACAAUUCAUGAAAGAUGUUAUAUGGAGUGGUAAUGAUGGUGAAGAAUUAGAUUAUUUAUUAAUUGAUACACCACCUGGAACAUCAGAUGAACAUAUAGCAAUAGCAGAAGAAUUAAGAUAUGUUUCACAAUUAGAUGGAGCAAUAAUUGUAACAACUCCACAAUUAGUUGCAACUUCUGAUGUUAAAAAAGAGAUAAAUUUUUGUAAAAAAGUCAAUUUUAAGAUAUUGGGGAUAAUUGAAAAUAUGUCUGGAUUUAUAUGUCCUCAUUGUUCAGAAUGUACAAAUAUUUUUUCAAGUGGUGGUGGGUUAGCCUUAUCGAAUCAAUUAAAUCUUAAGUAUUUGGGGAAUAUUCCUAUAGAUCCGAAUUUUGUUGAACUAAUAGAGUUGCAAAACAAUGAACAAGAGGAUAAAAAAUUGAUCAAUUUAUAUGAUAAAUCAGAGUUGAAACCAAUUAUGAGUGACAUUAUAGAUAAAGUACUAGAUACACCUACCUAA